CUGUCCCUAGCUCUAUCUGUCAGUGGAUCACUAGCUUUUUGACAGAUAGGCAACAGUCAGUGGGACUUGGGAAAUUCUUGGCCAACAGCUGCUCCACCAAAGCCCCUUUCACACUGCACGUCGGACUCGCAAUAUUCCCGUAACAUUGCCUGGUCGCCUUCUGUGUGAAAGCAACCACGUCCCGGAAUUGAUUAACGAAUUUAACCCGGGUCGGGGACCUAGUAACAUUGCGGUAAUCGAUCCGGAACAAGCGCUGUGUGAACAAAAGCCAAAACUAAUGCCGCAACGGAUGUGACGUAGUGAUGACGUAGUUAUCGUGCGACUCCUUGAGCUUGUUUUUUCAAUAAUACAACCCUGCAGUGCCAGAAGAGCUAGUCGGUGUUCUAAACGCAGAGAGUGUUCGUAUACAAAAUAAACUAAAAUUAAACAAGCAGAAAUGUGCGCAAACUGGACAUAUGUCGAGACCACGGAGCUCCUUACUAUCCGCACUGAAGCGGAGAUCAUUCGCCAGCUCAGUGGAACGGUACGUGAUGCGGUCGUUUAUGAGCAAAUAAAAAUAAAAAUGCAACAGCAUGGUUUCUCGAGAGAGAAAGCGCAAGUCAUCAGUAAGCUGAAGGCUUUGAAAAAAAAAAUUCACCAAGUGCGGGAUCACAACGGGAGGAGCGGCAGUGGAAGACUAGACUGGCCUUACUUCGAUUUAAGCUACAGCGUAUGGGGACCAAGCCACUCGGCUAACCCAGUAGCGUUACUGGGCAGUAUGGCGGCGUCUCCGUGUAGGAAUGAUGAACAAGAGACAACAGUAGAGGUAGCCGCUUCUUCUUGCACCGUUGUGUCCACAGUUGCGUCCAGCUCGGAGACCGUCGAGGCAAUUUCCAGGGAAAGUAAUUCAGAAUCACCUCAACCCCCCCCUGCGAAAAAAGCCAGAAAGCGCCAGUCCAGAACUGAUUUGAUCAUGAAAGAGGUGAAGGACCUCUUUUUGGAUAUGGACCGAGACUUUGAGGAGAGGGAACAUGUCCGUUUGGCAGAGCAGAGGGAAUAUGAAAACCAGUUGAGGAGGGAGGCAAGUCAGGCAAGGGAGGAAGAGCUGGCUAAACAGAUGACAAUGCUGCGUGAGCUACAAGACACCCAAAAUCGUUUUUUGGGUGAAAUUCUUAGCCGUAUGCCAGCUCCAGCACCCACGCCCUAUUAUGUGCCCGCUCGUCAAGCCCGUUUUCAGCAGAGCACAUCAGAGAAUACAGACAAUCACUUAUUCAACCCAUUGCCAUCAUUGCAGCUUGAGUAG